AGCUUGUGGGGCAGCACAUUUAUUAGACACAGUAGCAGGGAAAGACAGGUGAAACAAGCAGUUGUAAAGAAAAAAAUUGAAUGAGAGAGGGAGUUGGAUACAAGCUGUCAGAAAAGAGAAACAGAGAGUAUAGAUAAACACAAAACUAUUCCCACCAUAUGGUUACACACCCUACUCAGAUCCAUUGCUCUUCGUCACCCUCUUCGUCAUCCUCUGAAGUCUUGAUUGUGUAGUAAGAGCCGAUAACCCUCACUAUGGCUAAGAAUGGCAGUUCCCUCCUCCAUUAUCUCAACAAGUCCACUUCCACCUCUAUCCUCUUCACCAAAGACACUGUUGAGGAUUCCAGCAUCGUGAGUAACGACGCCACCACAGCCAUAGGAGCCCUCAUAUUGGGCCUGGUCUUCCUCCUCGGCGUCCCCGGAAACCUUUUCAUCAUUUGGAGCAUCCUGGCACGUGCCCGCCGACGCUCCGUUACCACCCUCCUCAUCCUCAACCUCGCGUGCGCCGACGGCUUUCUCAUGUGCCUCACCAUCUUCUUCAUAAUUUAUCUGGCCAGGCAGAACUGGGACUUUGGCGACCUCAUGUGCAAGGGGCUGUUUUACCUGUGCAACACUAACAUGUAUGCCUCCAUCUUCCUCAUCACGCUGAUGAGCCUGCACAGGCUAGUUGCAGUGGUGUGGCCCCAUCGAGUGGCGGCCCUGGCCAGCAAGAAGAUGGUGGUGCGGGCAAUAGCUGUGCUCUGGGCCCUAGUGUUCUCAAUUUCUAUCCCUGCUCUGGUGUUCAGGCAGGUGAGGUAUGAUCAUGAUGAACAGAACAACACCCGCCAGGUGUGUGCCUCAAAUCACUCCCGGUCUCGAUAUGUGGUGUACCAGUACACCUUUGAGACAGUAGUGGGAUUCCUGGUUCCGUACGGGGUUAUAGUGAGCAGCUACGUCUGCAUCCUGAGACGCCUCAGACAGACCAAGUUCCGUCGUAAGGUCCGCAGUGAGAAACUCAUCCUGGCCAUCGUUGUGAUGUUUGGCAUCUUCUGGUUGCCAUAUCACCUCAUUAACAUAAUACAGGUGGUGGCUGAACAGUUUGAAGACAGCUCACCAACGAAAAAGAGACUCGAUAUGGUAUGGCAGCACAGUCGUGCUGUGACCUCCGCUCUGGCCUUCAUCAGCAGCUGUGCUAACCCUAUUCUCUACACCUUCGCUGGAAAAUCCUACAUCAGAGAGGACGGCAUUGCCUUCAUGGCUCGGCUCUUUGAGGGGACAUCUCUGGACACUGGAAUAAAGAAGGGAAUUGGACUAAAAGAUGCGUUGUCUUUCAGCAGCACUGGUGGCAAUGCUGUGAAGAACGAAAAACAGAUACUUGUGUAGAGUUGCAUUGCACAUGCUAUCCACUCAUCAUGACGAUGCACUGCUGCACACAGACUGCUUCGAAACCUUUACCUGUCCAUAUGGGCCCAUCUGAAAGAAUCCCUACAAUAUUCAGUGGACCUCAUGUUAGACAAGUUUCUCACUAGACCCAAAUUCACUGCCACUAAUUUUUGUAAAUGUGCGCCCAAAAAACAAAAUACUUUUAAUACACUGCUUGUACUGCUUGAAUGUUUGUUGAAUCGCAUGUUGUAAAUACCACUUAUAAUACUGGGGAAUAUUGUGAUUAAAAGAAUUGUGGAAAAUAA